CUCGCGCGCCUUCGCCUCCUGCAGCUCCUUCUUCUUCUGCUGAAAGUCCUCGAGGUGGACGAGGCCGACGGUCGAGUGCUUCAGCACCUCCUCGAUGGAGUCAUUCUGCCCGACGAAGCGCUGCACCGAGGGGCGCGCCUUCUCGGUCUCGUUGAUAAGGUUUUGCUUCUGGCGCUCGAAGUCACUGCGCAUGCGCUCGCGCUGCUUGACGAGCGCGUCCUCGCGGCGGCCCUCGGCCUUGCUGCUGGACAUGGUGAUGGCGGGGAGGACGGGUGUGCAAAACGGGCGAGCGCCAUCCGCGCGCCGAUCGGACUUUGCCGCGAUCCCUCACUCUCUUUCCGCCGCCACCGAGGCCGCCGACGCGCACCGACCAUGGUCCACGUCCUCGGUAUCCCCCUCAAUGACCAUCAUUUUGCGAGGUUCGCGCUAACAAACAUCUACGGCGUCGGGCGCAAGACCGCGCACCGUAUCUGCGCGCGCUUGCAGAUACACGACCGCUGCCGCGUCAAGAACCUCACGCCGCUGCAAAUCACCCAGCUGGCCUCCUUCCUCUCCUCACCGCAGACCUCGCCUCCCGCGCCGAAGCUCCCGCUCGCGGACCCCUUCUACAAGGCCCCGCCGCCGGAGACCAACAUGGCCGAGGCAGAGGCGAAACUCCGCAGGCGGCAGCAGGUGCGCCAGCUUCAGGGCGCGCGGCAGAAGGACCCGCUGUACAACCUGCGCAUCGAGUCGGAGCUGAGGAGGGAGAUUCGGGAGAACAUUGCGCACCAGCGUAUGAUCGGCUCGUACGUCGGUCUGCGGCACGCGAUGCACCUGCCGGUCCGCGGACAGAACACCCAGUCGAACGCGAAGACGGCGAAGAAGCUCAACCAGCUCGACCGGUGGUAGAAUGCUUGCAGUCGUCUUGCUCUGGUCAAUGCUACUUUGCUCUCCCCCUUCAUGUUUUCCCCUCUUAAAUGACCGUUGCGCAAAGUGGCCUGCGAGCCAGCAGACCGACUCAAGGUAUGUCAAAGCUGCUUCCCACUGCCAUAGCCCGCACGCCCUCCAAGGUGAGACAGCUACUUCGUCGUCCGGCUUCUGCUGGCGCUAAGGAUUCGCCGUUCACCUCUCGCCAU